CAGGACUAGACUGUGAUGAGGAGGCAUCUCCCUACUCCCUGCUUGACAUCUGCUUGAAUUUCUUGAGUACUCAUCUUGAGAAAUUCUGUUCUGAAAGACAAGAUGGCACCUUGUGCUUGCAGGAACCUGGCACCUUCCCUCAAGAAGUGGCUGAUCGACUCCUACAGACUAUGGCGAAUCACGAGUUCACUUCCAGUGUGCCCUUGGCAAAGUCCCUGCAUGUUCCUGGCUGGAGAUAAUACUUGCAGACCACUACAGAAAGGCUUUGCAGUAUUUUGGAAAAAAAACACCUUAAAGCAGCAUGCCCUUCUGGGGGUCCUGAACGACGGAACGGUGGGCAUCUUCCGGGGCAACCAGAUGCGCUUAAAGCGGGCCUGCAUCCGCAAAGCCAAGAUCUCCGCCGUGGCCUUCCGCAAAGCCUUCUGCCACCACAAGCUGGUGGAACUGGACGCCACCGGGGUGAACGCGGACAUCACCAUCACGGACAUCAUCAGCGGGCUGGGCAGCAGCAAGUGGAUCCAGCGGAACCUUCAGUGCCUGGUGCUGAACUCGCUGACCCUGUCCCUGGAGGACCCUUACGAGCGCUGCUUCGGCCAGCUGGCCGGCCUGCGGGCCCUGAGCAUCACCAACGUCCUCUUCUACAACGAGGACCUGGCGGACGUGGCCUCCCUCCCCAGGCUGGAGAGCCUGGACAUCUCCAACACCUCGGUCACCGACGUCACGGCCCUGCUGGCCUGCAAGGGGCGGCUCAAGUCCUUGACCAUGCACCACUUGAAAUGCUUGAAGAUGACCACCUCCCAGAUCUUGGACGUCAUCCGGGAGCUGAGGCACCUCAGCCACCUGGACAUCUCCGACGAUAAGCAGUUCACGUCGGACAUAGCCCUGCGCUUGCUGGAGCAGAAGGACAUCCUGCCCGACCUCGUGUCGCUGGACAUUUCCGGGAGGAAGCACGUGACCGAUAAAGCGGUCGAAGCUUUCGUCCGGCAGCGGCCGACCAUGCAGUUUGUGGGCCUGCUCGCCACCGACGCCGGCCACUCGGAGUUCCUCACCGGCGAAGGGCACCUGAAGGUAUCUGGCGAAGCCAAUGAGACUCAGCUUUCGGAAGCAUUGAAGCGGUACAGCGAGCGGGCAUUCUUUGUCCGGGAAGCGCUCUUUCACCUCUUCAGCCUGACCCACGUCAUGGAGAGAACAAAGCCGGAAAUCUUGAAGCUCGUGGUGAUUGGAAUGAGGAACCAUCCGAUGAACCUGCCGGUGCAGUUAGCAGCAAGCGCCUGUGUGUUUAACUUAACCAAGCAGGAACUGGCAGCGGGAAUGCCUGUGCGUCUGCUGGCUGACGUCACCCAUUUACUCCUCAAAGCAAUGGAACAUUUUCCUAAUCACCAGCAGCUACAGAAAAACUGCCUUCUUUCGCUCUGCAGCGACAGGAUCCUUCAGGACGUCCCAUUCAACAGGUUUGAAGCUGCCAAGCUCGUUAUGCAGUGGCUGUGCAACCACGAAGACCAAAACAUGCAGAGAAUGGCGGUGGCUAUCAUCUCUAUCUUGGCCGCAAAGCUCUCAACUGAGCAAACUGCACAACUCGGCGCUGAGCUCUUCAUCGUCAGGCAACUUUUACAGAUCGUGAAGCAGAAAACCAAUCAAAACUCAGUGGACACGACCCUGAAGUUCACUCUGAGCGCCCUUUGGAAUCUCACAGAUGAAUCCCCAACCACUUGCCGGCACUUUAUUGAAAACCAGGGGUUAGAACUCUUCAUGAGAGUCCUGGAGUCCUUCCCGACCGAGUCGUCGAUUCAGCAGAAAGUACUUGGCCUCCUGAACAAUAUAGCUGAAGUCAAAGAAUUGCAUUCUGAGCUAAUGUGGAAGGACUUCAUAGAUCAUAUCAGCAAGUUACUGCACAGCGUGGAGGUGGAAGUCAGUUACUUUGCGGCUGGGAUCAUCGCCCACUUGAUAUCCAGAGGCGAGCAGGCCUGGACCUUGAGCUGCACACAGAGAAACUCUCUCCUGGAUGAUCUGCAUUCAGCUAUCUUGAAAUGGCCGGCUCCAGAAUGUGAGAUGGUAGCCUACAGGUCCUUCAACCCAUUUUUCCCAUUACUUGGCUGUUUCUCAACUCCAGGGGUUCAGCUCUGGGCAGUAUGGGCCAUGCAGCACGUCUGUAGCAAAAAUCCUGCAAGGUACUGCAGUAUGCUCAUUGAAGAAGGAGGAUUACAACAUUUAUACAACAUCAAGGAGCACGAUCAGACUGAUCCACAUGUACAGCGAAUUGCUGUUGCCAUCCUAGACAGUUUAGAAAAUCAUAUUGUACGACACGGGAGGCCACCCCCGAGUAAAAAGCCGCCUCAAGCCAGACUCAAUUGAUAGGCAGAAGUAAUUACGGAAUGGAGCGUCGUGGUCGGUGGUGUUGAAUCCGUUUUUCACUGCUGAGUAACACAGAUCAAACUGUGGAAAGAAUUCGAUCGUUGUGAAAUGGCCGUCCUAUUCGACAUUCUUGCUGAAGUUGACCUUCUCUUCUGAUAUCGAGUGCAUUUAGGAGGGGGAAAAAAAAUCAAUCCUUCGUAAUGGCUCUUUAUAGUUAGCACCUGCUGGCAUGUCCUAGCACAGAGGGCCUGGAAUUUCCAUUCUAAAUCCAGUUUUGUCAAGAAGUUGCUUAAUUUCACCAUCAGCAGACUGCGUUUUCUUGGAACAGUCAAAAUAUUUGGAACAGAGGCUUCACACGGGGAAAAAACUAUAAACAGAAUUUCCAACUAUUUUAAAAA